AUGCGUUCAUUCGGAAUUGCGGCCGUCGCGGCCGCCUUGUUCGACGCCUCCAAUGCCGCUGCUAUUAAGACGUCGCUCACUCUCGAGACGGACCUGCUGGCUGCCUCUUCCUACGCCAACCUGGGCGCGUACGUCCUGACGAACGGGCCCUUUUCGAAAGACUGCAGCCUGGAAAACGCAGCAGUCCGUAAAGAAUGGAGCAACCUCUCGACCGCCGAGAAGAAGGAUUACAUUCGUGCGGUCCAGUGCAUCAGCACAAAGCCUGGACUCACCUCCAAGAAGAUUGCCCCCGGUGUCCGGUCCCGGUAUGACGACUUUGUGGCAACUCAUAUUAACCAGACGUUGUCGAUCCAUGGCACGGGCAACUUCUUGGCAUGGCACCGCUACUUCACGUGGGCGUACGAGCAGGCCCUUCGUGAUGAGUGCGGUUACCAAGGCUACCAGCCUUACUGGAACUGGGGAAAAUAUGCCCAGGACCCCAUCAACUCACCGCUCUUCGACGGUAGCGACACCAGCAUAGGUGGCAACGGCGUGUACGAGAAGCACGAGCCCAUUUACGUGCCCAUGGCCGCAACGCCAUAUGUCACGGUCCCCCCCGCCAACGGUGGCGGGUGCGUGAAGGAGGGGCCGUUCGCCAACUUCACCGUGCGGCUGGGCCCCGUGUCGCCAGCAUGGACGGGCCUGUCGACGAACCCGCAAACGGACGGCUUGGGCUACAACCCGCGAUGCCUGCGACGCGACAUCAACUCGUACCCGUCAUCAGGGUGGACGAAAGACAACGACACGGCGUCGCUGAUCAACGACUACGACGACCUGUACUGGUUCCAGACGCGCAUGCAGGGCGACUUCCCCAACGGCUUCCUGGGCGUGCACACGGGCGGUCACAUGACGCUGAACGGCGACCCGGGCGGCGACCUGUUCACCUCGCCCGGCGACCCGGCCUUCUACCUGCACCACGCGCAGAUUGACCGCGUGUGGUGGAUGUGGCAGAACCAGAACCCGGGUGAGCGCACGUACAAGGUCAGCAGCACCAUCACGUCGCAGAAUCUACCCCCGAGCAGAAACGCUACCCUCGACGAUUUGAUCGAUUUGGGCGUUAAUAAGGGCGCGAUUACUAUUAAGGACGCGUUGAGCACUGUUGCUGGGCCGUUUUGCUAUAUUUAUGCUUAGGGGGUUGACGUAAUCGUAAAAGUUGGUAUUGGAUCUAUGAUUGUUUUUUUGGUUGGGUUGGCGUG